AUGAUUGACGAGCUAUUCGACGAAGAUGGACAACCGGUGUCUCGGCAAACCCUCAGUGCCUUGAUGCAAUCACCAUCAUGGCAUCGACAAAAUGGUCUCCUUGAGCCCACCAAGUUUGUCUUCAUCCUAGGAAUCAAUGGGUUCGUCGGCCAUCACCUCUUGGGGCGAAUCUUGAAAUCUACCAACUGGAAAGUGUUUGGCAUUGAUAUCGAUAGACACCCGAUCUCGACUCCUCUAUCAUUCGUCAAGUCACCUCUUCGCGUAUUUGAGGUUGACUUUGAAGCCAACCUAAAGAUCGUGCGCUUGGCAGCCAAACACAAGAAACGCCUGAUCUUUCCGUCAACGUCCGAAGUCUAUGGUAUGUGCCAUGACGACGAGUUCGACACUGAAGAAUCUCAACUCAUCUGUGGUCCCAUUCACAAAUCACGGUGGAUAUACUCCUGUUCCAAACAGCUUCUAGACCGUGUCAUAUUUGGUUAUGGAGCCGAAGGUUUGGACUUUACAAUAUUCAGGCCCUUCAACUGGAUCGGAUCGGGGCUUGACUCAGUAGACAACAACAGUCUUGCUGGCUCACGUGUCACUACUCGAUUCCUUGGAAACAUCAUCCGGGGCGAGGACAUGAUCCUAGUUGAUGGAGGAUCGCAAAGGCGGGUAUUUACUUAUAUCGACGAUGGAAUCGAUGCGUUGAUGAAGAUCAUUGCCAAUGAUAGCAAUAUCGCCAGUGGCAAGAUAUACAACAUCGGAAACCCUGCCAACGAUUACUCGAUCCGGGACUUGGCUACUCUUAUGCUGGACACGGCGAAAACGAUGGAGGAAUUCAAGGAAUCUGUCGCCAAAGUAAAAUUGACAGAUGGAAACUCGGCAACCUUCUAUGGCGAAGGAUAUCAAGAUGUACAGCAUCGGGUUCCUAAAAUUACUAAUGCAUGUGAGGAUCUUGGUUGGAGCCCAUCAGUGACUAUGGGAGACGCUAUACGCAAACUGUUCUUCGACUUGACCAAGCCUUUUUGA